UAAAAAUAUCAAUAUCGUUGCAUAAAAAAUAUUCAUUUGAUGAAGUCGAGAUCAAAGGGUUAACAGCGUUAAGUUUACUAGACUUGACCGAUCGAGUUCUAUUUCCGCGACUGAAGCUCGUUUUCCUCGACACUUCCGCUGCUUAAAAUCUAUAAUCUAUAAUCGUACUACUAUUGAACCGAGAGAGAAAAAUUCAAAAUUAUACAAAAGUAGGGCUGUUUUAGGGAAAACGAGUGAAACGUGGCCACAUCUGUCGAUUGGAACGAAAAUGUAACUGCACAGGAAAUUUUGUAAGAGCAAAAUGUCGCUUCUUCGGCUCUAAAAAACCGAAAAAGAACCAUUGAAUGACAGUAUGAGAAAACUCGAAGCGAAAAUAUAAGAUUCGAGCGCAAACGAGGCUCGAAAGCGACGCGAAUGCAACGCGCAGUAUUGGUGCGCAAAUCAGGGCCGUAUCGUCGAGUAACGGGGCCCUACGUCAAGCUGCGAUCUUUCCACAAUCGAAGUUCCGUGAGAAUCUUGCUCAACCAUCAUCGGUCCCGUUUUGUUUAUCUUCGUUUCACUCCUGUAUUUUCAUUGCGGUUACUUCUCGAAGCGCGUUGCGUGCGGUCCUAUGUGCUUAGAAAGUAUGCGAGAGAGAGAAAGCGAGAAAGAAAGCGCGAGAGAGAAAGAAAAGAGAACACGUUGUCGAGAGAAAAGCAAUAAAAUAAAUGAACAAAAGGAAACAAAGAAACAAGUGUAACUCGAGGAGAAUCGAAACGUUCUAAAGUAACACGAGAAUCCGUGAUAUUCCGUGGUUUGCAUUGUAUAUUGUACACCCAUCCAGCCCGAUCCUGCUACGCCCUUACCUCCCAGAAACGCCCUCCGAGAUCCACGUGACUAAGAAUUAUAUAUAUAUAUUAUAUAAUAUAUAUAUAUAUAUACAUAUAUUAAUUUAAAAAUACGACAUUGACUUUCUUCUCUGUAUCUUUUCACCCUAUAUCGUGAUUAAAUAUCUUUUCUUUGCACGGUGUACGAACAACGUUCAUACACUUUAAGAUACGACUAAAAGGAAAUACUUCGUAACUAAAAAGUAUAACAGAUCGAUUAACGUCAUCAUGACGCUCCGUUACGUCAUUAUCUCCGCAAACAUUCAAUUUGAAUCAGCUCAAAGAGUUUCAUUAUUUCGAUAAUUAGACCUCGCCUGGACCAACCACUUUACUUCCGUGUAAAUUCGAUCCGGUGGUUUUUAUUAAUUUUCGAUCGAGCUCGUACGCCAGGUGCACGAUUGGAUUCGUGUUAGGGUGAGGUUAAACGAGAUCGAGAACAGAAAUUUACCGAAGAAGCUGCUCCGGGGCUGCGUUCCGUAACGAGAGAUCACCUGAUACAGCGGCCCCGGUGAACCGGUUACUUUCAACGGAUUGCGUUCUAGGCGGCCAAUCCAUGUUUUCUUCCCGCAAAAAGAAUGAGACGAUAAUCCACGAUAUCGGAAAUCUAUCAGGUAAGCUGACCUAUAUAGGAAUCACGGACGAAGGAGAAGUUUCAAAGUUGGUUAUGCGCGCGAACGAGUCAGGCGAAUGUGUACCACCUGGCGUCGGAUCUAGUAAUCACUGUUAAUCACGUGAUCGAUCUUUAGCGUAAGUAGCGUAAUAAUCGUUGUAGCACCGCGGACACGGUCAUUCUCCGCAUACGAUAAAAUACAGUGGUGAAAUAAAUAAAAUCGGGACCAUUAAAAAUCGGUCCCUCAGGGGGGGCGAGUCUCUUAAUUUUUCCGCCUCGUCCGCCAUAAAAGCUAACGACUUAAUCGCACGUGAACGUACAAAUUGCGUGAUUGUAUAAUUAGAACCGGCCGGGAUCGUGUAAGCGGGCAUUUUUGUCGUCGGAAACGUGCGGCUCCACGGCUACCUUUUUCUUCCUACCACGAAAUAUCGCGGCCACGUUGUAAACAAGCUGCCUACGUGAGUAUAAAUAAUUCAUGCACGCGCGCCAAUUCGCCGGAGAGAGAAAGGGAGAGAGAGAGAGAGAGACAGAGAGGGAGUGUGAGUGAGUGAAUGAGAGAGAGGGGAGGGGAGAGAGCAGAGUCUGUUCUUGUAUACAUAUAGGUUUACGAACAAAAACAAAAAAAGAAGUAAAGUGGUCGCGAUGAAUUCUCGUAUACGAUUUGCGUGUGCGAGUGUGUACGAUGUAACGACGAGGAAAUUGUUAUUGGGGUCACUUCCGCGGAAAUUUCGGGUUGCUUGUUAAUUUUGUGCAAAUUCGAUGGGGAGCCGAGGACAUUUACAUAUUAAAUCGUCGCGAGUAUUUGCAUGUGCAGAUUUGAUUAACUACAGCGAACCAUAUCGUUAUUAUUCAAACAAUGGCAUUAAUACCCGUGCUCAGUGGUUUUAAGCUAGGUUAACCCGGCUAUAACCUAUAUUCGACCCAAUCGAACUCCAACGUGCAACAAUGGUAUCAUGGUAAAUGGAGUUUUACUGUAAAGGAUCAAAUAACGAUGGAGACGGUCCAAACCGGAAGUAACUAACAGAAGGAGAUACAAAGAAUGAAUAGAGGUGGAACGAAGUAGAAAAACGUUAUAAAACUGGAGGGACGAAAAGAUUUUCCACGUUGGUGUUGCAACGGUUGGUACGGUUGAAAAAAACGCAUGGACUGUUGGACACGUCGGUGAGAAUAUGGCGAUAAUCUCUCGGGCAGAAACGAGUGGCAGUCACGGCAAUGCCUAAUCUGGAAAAUCUACGAGCCGUGACAUUCCAUUUUCAUGGUCAAUUAAUGCAACGCAAUCGAUUCACCGCCGCCGCUGACACCGUUCCAAUCCUUUCACUCUUGUCUCCCGCCGAUUUUUUACCACGGCCAGAGGCGAUAAUUGCUCGUCCAAGUUGUUGCCUAGUUCCAGCUAAACGGAAUCAAUUAACGAACGGUGAACGCGAACACGGGAUUACUUCAGCGUUCUUUCAUUACCGAUCCCUGUGAUUUAGACGUCGGUUAAGUCCUGGUUAAAUAGAACUUGAUUAUAGAUUAACUUGCAUUAAGUGCAAAUUAAUCUCUGCGGGAACGAGCUUAUUAAGUGCAGUGAUCGUAUUCAUCAUCUACACGGGAGCCAAAUUAAAACUAGAAGAGUGGUUUGAAGAAACAAAAAUGAGUAGAUUACGUCUGAAAAGAAAUGAUUCGACGUACGAAAGAUCCCAGGUGAAAAGUUUAUGUCCAGAAAGCCCAAAUAAUAUCGAGAUAUCUUCUGAUGAAAGUGAUAUUGUGCCAACUAAUGAGAUAAUAGAAAGUGAAAAGGAUUCUUCAAACCCAUCGAUAACAGAUACAAGUUAUGACGAAGAGACACUAUCUAAAUUUCAAAAAUCUACAGACAGUAUAAAAUCAGAUGAAGAUAUUAAAGAAGUUACGUACAACACAAGUUUGAAAUCCAAGACCUCCAUGUUUAACUGGAACCAACAAGGCCCAAGUCCAAAAAAAAGAAACAUGCACGAUCACAGUGAUUCCAAUUCUUCUGAUGAUUUCAACUCAAAACCAACAUGGUUUAAAAAAAAGCAGGAAAAGAAGAAACACAAAGGUAGUCACAUUAAACAAACCAAAAUUAAAGAUGAACCAAACAAUAAACAAAAAGAAGAAACUGUGGCUCAAGUGAGUAUACAACACGAGCAAAUGAUAUCUGGAAUUAAAGUAAAGCUUCCUGUGAAGCCUUACUCGUGUCAGGUGGCUGUAAUGAAUCAGCUCAUACAAGGUUGUAUAAAACAGGAAAAUUGCCUUCUAGAGAGUCCAACAGGAAGUGGGAAAACUUUGGCUCUUCUUUGUGGUGUCCUGGCGUGGCAUGAUCAUCAUGUUGCCGAAGUGCAGAACCAGAAACUGGAAAAGCAAAUCCAGGAGGAUAUUUCACAAUUUGUUUCAGGGGACUGCAAAUCAACGACGUCGCACGAAAACAAUGGAGAAGACCUUCCUGAAAGCUCGAGUACGAAAUGUACGGACUAUUGCGAAGACUAUGACGAGGAGGAAGAUUUCGAGGACUCGUAUGAAAAAUCAAAGAAGAUAAAGAUAUCAAAAAUAUUCUACGGUACGCGAACGCACAAGCAAAUCGAACAGGUUGUAAGGGAAUUAAGGAAAACUUCGUACAAACACAAAAAAAUGACUAUUUUGAGCAGUAGAGAGCACACUUGCAUCCAAGAGACUACGAAAAAUAAAACUGAGCUCUGCAACGACCUGUUGGACACUCAAAAUCACAAAGGCUGUCCGUUUUACAACGAAUCUAACAAAAAGACCAUUGCAACGUUUCGCGGGGUGAAAAGUCGAGGUUUGGACGAUAUAUGGGACAUCGAAGACUUGGUAGCCAUCGGAAAAAACGAAGGACUGUGUCCAUAUUUUGCCGCCAGAAGUUUAGCGGAACACGCGGACAUUAUUUUCUGCCCUUAUAACUACAUCGUCGAUCCCGAUAUUCGUGAAAGUAUGCAACUCGAUGUGACCGGCCAUGUGAUUAUCCUGGACGAAGCUCAUAAUAUAGAAGACAUCUGCAGAGAAGUUGCAAGCGUUAGUUUUCGCGAGGAUCAUCUUACAGCCGUUGCGAAUGAAUGUGAAUCUCUUAUGAAACAAAGAGCUGCAGAUUCCGAGAUUUAUGAAACUCUUCAAACGUAUUCCCUCAAGCUGGUGCAUUUUCUGAAAAUCACGGUCGUCGAUAAAGUCGGCUAUAACAGCGACAAUCUUUCAAGUCCGUACUGGACCGGUGCAGAGCUGUUGGAAUUAUUUAACAUGAACGGUUUAAACGAAGCCAUGUAUACCACGUUCCUGGGUGCGUGCAACGCAGCAAUUGCAGAUUCGAAUAGAGCGAAAGAGGAGAGGAGAACAUUUCAGAAAGUGUUACAGCCGGUCAUUUCACCCACUACUAAGAAAUUAAUUGAACAACUAAUGUUCACUAUACGGAUGAUCACUUCUAGCGAAUACAUGAACGACUUUAGGGCCUGUGUAACAGAAACCACAGUAAAGGAUUUCAAAUACGCUAUCGAGAAUACAUGGUUGUCAUCGAAAGUGUGUACACAGCGUGCACGAACCUUGAAACUACUGUGCAUGAAUCCGGGUGUGACAUUUGCACCGCUUGCUCGACAAGCGCGCUCUAUAAUCCUCGCGUCCGGUACCCUGAGUCCGACUGCGUCGUUCCAAAGCGAAUUGGGAACGUCAUUUGCACACGUGCUCAACACCGGCCACGUGAUACCCAAGGAACAAGUUUACGCAAUCUGCGUACCUCAAGGACCGAAUGAAGUUAAACUAAGGGCGAAUUAUCAAUCUGUGAACAGCUGGGCUUUUCAAGAUGAACUAGGUGCAGUAUUGUUAGAUGUUUGUGAGUCGGUGCCACAUGGAAUCCUUUGCUUCUUCUCAUCUUAUAACGUGAUGCACACACAAAUGCAGAGAUGGAUAAGUAAUUCCAUUUGGACGAAAAUCACCAGUGUGAAGCAAAUCUUCAUAGAACCACGCUAUGGUGGUGAUCUUAAAGAUAUCAUGUAUGAAUAUCGUCAAGUGAUAGAACAGACAUCUGGUAAACGAAGAGGAAAAAUCACUGGAGCUUUAUUUCUGGCUGUCUUCAGAGGAAAAGUAGCAGAAGGAAUUGAUUUCAAGGAUAAUGAAGCACGUUGUGUCAUUACUGUUGGAAUACCAUAUGCAGUAAGGAAAGAUCCUGUGAUUGAUAUGAAACUGAGUUAUAAUGAUACGAACGUUAAGAAAGGAUUGUUGAAGGGUUCAGAGUGGUACAGUAUACAAGCUUUUAGGGCAUUGAAUCAAGCUUUAGGUCGUUGCUUGAGACAUAUUAACGAUUGGGGAGCUGUAUUGCUAGUCGAUGAAAGGUUUCUGAUGCAUGAAAAUAAGGAAAAUCUCCCAAAAUGGGUCAAAACAAUGUGGGUCAACCAAAAUGGAUACAACUUGAGAGAGAAUCUUAAAGACUUUGUAUCAAAACAAAAGGCAAGAGAAGAAAAACAAUUAGGAAUUACAAACAGUUAACGAAACUGGAUAAAUUAAGAAAUAUGAUGAUAUUUAAUAAGAUUACGUACGUGUUACAAAUUGUGAUAACAUUUAAAAAGUAUAUACAUAUAUUCAAUUUAAAAACUGUAUUUGUAAACGAAAUGCAUAUUUUGUUGAUAUA